CGGACACUCGCAGCUAUUCCUAGCUACAAUCUCUGCAACAUUCGCACCUUAUAUCUGGCCACCGACAACGACAACGAUAUCUCGUCCAGACAAGAUCAGCGUCCAUGUCCUUGUCCAUGUCCAUACCCGUCACACAUCAUCAUCAUCACCACUUGCAAACACCAUCACCGCACAGCAACCAAAACAAUCCAAAACAACAACAACAAACCGGCAGACUAGACCACACCACACACCACCAACAGACCAGCGACUCCCGCCUGCAUAUCCUUGUUCCCCACCGUCUCCUGGUCCGUCUCCCCCUCACCGAAUCCGAAGCGUCCUCGCGCAUCUCGUUACUCCAGCAAGGGGAGCUCGGAUCCCUGCGCGGCUGACUGGCCUCUGCCGUGCGUGUCACUAAUUUUUUUUUCAUUUUCUUCUUACAUCUCCAAAAACCGCCUUCUUUUCUUCCCUUCUACUGUACUCGUGCUCCAGAAAAGUGGACUUGUCACUUGUUGAAAGCUGGAUUGUGGCCGCUCGGGUGAAACAAAGGGG